UAAAGGGCGGGGUUAAUAACCGAACCUCAAGGGUUCUUCUGUUGGCCAACUUCACUUACCAUUUAUCUUUUGCCCACACGCUGGGGGGACCAAUAGGAAAGAGGCUGUCCGAUCGUAAUGAAACGCACAUGAAAUAUGAAGAGAGAAAUUGCAGCCGUGGUAUUCUUCCUGAAGAGGCUCGUGAAAAGGGGGGAGAAAUUGGAAUCGCACAAGGUCGAGCUGUUUGUUGAGAGGCUGGCUGUUGCACUGCAGGAGAAGUUCAGGGGGCACUGGUACCCUGAAAACCCCAGCAGAGGACAGGCAUACAGGUGCAUCCGAGUGAACAGGUUCCACAGGCAGGAUCCAGACCUCCUUCGGGCCUGCCGGGAGAGCGGGGUUCAGUACAGUGACCUGGGACUUCCCCUUGAACUCACAUUGUGGGUGGACCCUGGGGAGGUCUGUUGCAGAUAUGGAGAACAAAACCCUUGCUUCUCAGUGGCCAGUUUCUCUAACGAUAAUGAGGAGGACAAAGAUGUUGCAAAGAAGGUAACCAGUGCUUUGGAGAGGGUGACGUCAGACUACCACUCGGGUUCUUCCUCCGAUGAAGAGAGUGUCCGCUCUUCCCCCCUCACUGUCCCCAGCAGCCGCUGUGCUCACCAGGCGAUGAAUCCAUCUGCUCCUUCGUGGCAUCCUAAGAAGGUACCAGGGAAAUGUCACAUCCUUCCACGGAGUCACUACAGCUUCAGGCCACACAGCGGAGCCCCCCACACCUUAAGGCAUAAUCUGUGGGUCCCCCCUGGCUACAGAGGAGGGCCUGGAUACUGGGACACAAACCAAAACCUGGCACAUUGUUACAGUUAGAAAUUAUGGUGCUUAUUGUUCACACUGGACAACAACUUUAAGAUAAAUGACCAAUGUUUUUUUAAUAUGAAUUUUUAUAGCUUGCAUAUUGAUUGUUGUUGACAAAAUCUCUUUUGCACUUUAGACCAUUUGUUAUAGUUUAAAUCACUUGUAUUGGAUUAGAUAUUGACAUUGGAAGACUACACACGCUGUCUUGAAGUACUAUAUUUUUACAAUGGGAGAUGUUCAUUGUAUGCCACCUAUUGUCCUUUGUGAUAAAAUGUUUUAUUUAUUCAUAGUUUAAAAUUGUCAUUGUAUAGGCUCAAAUUAUAGAGUUUUAUUAAACACGAUUUCCAAGCAUCAUGA